AUGAGCCGAGAGAUGUCUACCAACGCAACCAGCAAAGCAAAACUGGACGACAAAAUCAAAGGCAUAGAUCUGACGCCAUCUGCCAAGAAAAGAAUAAGUCAACAGUAUGAGGUCCAAGAAAAGAAUUAUCGAAGAAAGAAACUGAACUUUGGUACACUCGAACCAAUCAACGAAAAAUGGUUGGAAAAUAUUCAGGAAUUCGUAACCCUGCAAAAAAGAAAAAAUGCGAAGAGUGUCGAAGAAAGAAUGCGAGGAUGA